GGCAAUACUUUCAUCUUUCAGUGAAAAAAAUGGAAAGUGAAGAGAACGCAGAGAUUUGCAAAUCAACCGGUUCUACGGUAAAUCCAGAGGAAGUACAUGAAUCAAUUAAGGUGGAAGCGCAAGAAAAUAUAGAUGACACUCCAAAGGUCAUCUCACCGAUCCCCGAAAAUCUGAAUGGCAAUCAGAACGGCAUGGAACAAAUAUCCCAAGUUGGAAACAUGACUGAGAAAGCCGAGAAAGUUGAAGUGCAGCAAGAAGUAGACAAGGAUUCUUUUGGAAAGAACAGAGAAAAUGAUGAAGAGAAUACAAAUUUGCCAGUCAAAUCAACUUAUAAUGUACAGAGCGCGCAGAGCACGCAUGAUUUCAAUAUUCAAGUUAUAAGAUCAGUGAAGGAGUAUCCUUGUUUGUAUGAUCGAGCUAAUGAAGACUUCAACAAUCCUGGAAAGAAGGAUGAAGCUUGGAAUAGCAUAGCAGACAAGUUGAAGAAGAACGUCAACGAAUGUCGCGAAAGAUAUGAAUCCCUCUUUCGACGCUUCGCUGAAACCCACGUAAUGCUUGAGAAUCCGAAUGUACUCGAACAGGGUUUGCUUAAGGAAAAAUUUAUUCACUAUGAAGACAUGCUAUUCGCUAAGGCAGCAAUUGAUAUGGAAGAAUGCAGUAAGGCAUUUGUUGAAUCUCCCAAUCAGGAAAAGUCUACGGGAGAAAAGAGAUUAAGGGAAGAUGAGGAAGAGUUGUCAUUUCAAACUAAUUCAAAAUUUCAGAAACUCGAAUCUGUGCAAUUUACAUUUGACGAGCCAGGUUGCAAGAAAAAAGAUUUUAAAUUCACUAUGCAGCUAAUUCAUGCUGCAAAGCAAUGUCCAUCAAUAUAUAAAAAUUGUCCUUCUUACUCGUCCAAAGCACAGAGAGAAGAUUGGGCAAACAUUGCCAGGAAAUUGAAUAAAAGUGUCAAGAAGUGCCGAAUGGCAUAUGAUUCUCUCUACCAGAAAUUCACCAAUAAUUAUAUAGCGAUGAUUUGUCCAGAAAUAAGGGCACCGAGAAAAAGUUUUCCUUAUUAUAAACAUAUGAGAUUUCUCGAGCCUUAUUUACCUAUAGAGAAAGUAAAGCAAAAAGUGAUUAAAAGCUUGGGAUUAAAGCCGGAGUAUCAGCAGAAUUAUUUCGAAAUGCAAAAUAUCUAUGAUACUGGGCCGGUUUUAUUAAACACGUUUCAACCAAAUUCUGAAAUGCAAGGAGAUUCUCAAUCUGUGCAAAUACCAGAAAGCUCCUCUCAGAAUGCCGCAUCUGAUGCAUUAAUUGAUAAAUCUGAAGAUUCUCAGCACAAGAAUGAAAAUACAGAUAUGGAAAAUGUAAAUACUGAGAAGUCUGAAGUAGGAAGCAAGAAACUUCCUACUAUACGGGUCAUUUCGGCCGCAUCAGAGAAAUCAGAGAACGUUCCCAUGGAGCGUGCAGAUUUCAAUGUACAACUCAUAAGAAAUGUCAAAGAGUAUCCUUGCAUUUGGGAUCAAGCCCAUCCGCAUUUUGGCAAUUUUACAGUUCAGUAUCAAGCCUGGUGUGAAAUUUCAAAGCGAAUUGGUUCGAUACCACAGGAAUGUCAUCAAACCUUCAUUGCUCUCUACGCUAAAUUUGCCCAAAUCUAUACAAAAUUGAAAGAUUCUGAGUUAGAUAAGAAAGACUUUCCAAGAGAUGAGUUUCCGUACUACGAAGAGAUGAUGUUUCUUAAUUAUCAACAGCGUAUCCAGGAGUUGAAAUUUAAUCCGAAUUUUAAUUAUCCGAGACCAGUGCGUUAUCCUCUGAUAUACUCUCACAUCAAUGCCCAAACAAAGCAACCACGAAGACUUAUGAGAAGUCAUCAAAGACAAUUGCAAUAUAGCAUUGAUAAUAGGCCUAAUAGUACGAUGACACAGCAAUCCAGUGUGAAUCAGCAAAUCGAGACUACUCUGCAAACGUUCCAACUCAAAUUGAACGACAUAACGGCAACCCUUGACGAGAAAACUAAAACAACUGAGGCAACCAAGCCAAAAGAAACAUCUGAUGCAAUCGAAACAACCGAGCCAACCGAAACAUCUGAAACUAUCAAGACAACAGAUGAUACAACACAAGCAUGGGCGAUGGACACACAAAACCAAGAACAGAACACUGAACAGUCGGAACACCCAGUCACACAAGAAAAUCAAAUGGAAACUGAGAAAAAUGAAGCAAUGGAUGCAACAGUUUCUACUGAAAACAAUAAAAACUCAAAAAACAAUGAGGAAGAACUAGAGGAUUCUGAUGCCGAUCCGGUAGAUAUUGCAUUAAGAACUGAAUUUCUCACUGACCACGAGUUCAACAAACAACUAAUAAAGACUGUAAAGGAGUACCCCUGCAUUUAUGGCAAAGGCUAUUUGGUCAAUUUUCCCAAUAAGUUUCACGCUUGGGUCAAAAUUGCUGAAAAAUUAAAGAGGAAACGUGAUGAAUGUCAGAAGAUUUUUGAAUCACUCAGCCUGAAAUUUGCUCAAACCCACGCGAUGCGACAAGAUCAGGAACUUGUAAGAAGGGGUUUCCCUAAACAACCAUUCCCCUACUAUAAGGAUUUGAUGUACCUAAAGGAUUUCUUGAGUAUGGACGAUGCAAAGAAGCAAGUGGAGCUUAUGACUCGUCCACCUCCGGUUCAUCAUCGAUUUGGACAGCCAAAGUUUGAUCUCACGAAUCAACAGAAUGCUUUUUUUCCACAGCAGCAACAUCCAAAUCCUAUAAAUCCAGCUCCAGGACCUCCAAAAUCAAAAUUUUUUGGACCAAAUCAACAAACUGCUUUUAGCCCACAGCAGCAAUACACAAAUCCUAUAAAUCCAGCUUCACGACCUCCAAAACCACAAUUUUUUGGACCAAAUCCCGCCAAUUUAGCCGCUUGGAAUCAGUUUCUUCAGCAACCACCUGGGAACUUCCAACAACCUGCUGCAUUUAGUCAUACGGCAACGAAGGAUUCUUUUAUCAACAUUCAGAACAACCUGCAUAUAGAUUUCUUCUUCAUGUGCUUGUGCCAGCAGGUAAAGAGAACGAAUAUGUCUGAUAAAGAUUUUGUAGAGCUACAGAUUGCCGUAAUGAAUGCGCUAUCUAACACAGUUUCUAAGCGUAAAAAUUGAAUUUCUCAAAAGAAAAAAAGUAUAGUGGUACUCUUAUCUUUCCUAUGAUUUUGAGCUGUUCUCAGCUCGUUUUAUAUUCUUCCAAUAUUGAAUUGAAAAUGAAAGGCUGAAUUUGCAAUUUGUGAAAUGAAUUUGGUAAAUACUGAAAUUGAAAUGUUAUUAUGAUGAAAUAUGAAGAUGGAGUUCGUGAAAUUACUGAAAUAUACGUUACAAAGUGAAUUUAUUAUAACAUUGUAUGUAAAUUAUUCUUAAUUAAAUACAUAAAGAAACCUCAGACUUGA